AGCCAAUUCCCCCACCCUCCCAGGAGGAGCCGCCGGCCCUGGACUCUCCAAAUUCUGAGCUCUCAUCAUGGCGGCGGCGGCGGCAGCGGCGGCCGUCGGGGGUCCGCAGCCACCCCAAGCCGAGAUGCCCGCGCCCGGGCUGGCCCUCGACAAGGCGGCCACCGCCGCGCACCUGAAGGCGGCCCUCAGCCGGCCGGACAACCGCGCAGGUGCCGAGGAGCUGCAGGCGCUGCUGGAGCGGGUGCUGAGCGCCGAGCGGCCGCUGGCUGCGGCUGCGGACGGCGAGGAGGCGGCGGCGGCCGGCGGCGGGGGCGGUCCGGGGGCGGCCGAGGAGGAGGCCCUGGAGUGGUGUAAGUGCCUUCUGGCGGGCGGCGGAGGCUACGACGAGUUCUGCGCGGCGGUGCGGGCCUACGACCCCGCGGCGCUCUGCGGCCUGGUCUGGACAGCCAACUUCGUGGCCUACCGCUGCCGGACGUGCGGCAUCUCUCCCUGCAUGUCGCUGUGCGCCGAGUGCUUCCACCAGGGUGACCACACCGGACACGACUUCAACAUGUUCCGCAGCCAGGCCGGCGGUGCCUGCGACUGCGGGGACAGCAACGUGAUGCGGGAGAGUGGGUUUUGCAAAAGGCAUCAAAUUAAAUCAAGUUCAAAUAUUCCCUGUGUCCCCAAAGACUUACUGAUGAUGUCUGAAUUUGUUCUUCCAAGAUUUAUUUUUUGUCUUAUUCAGUACUUAAGAGAAGGCUAUAAUGAACCAGCAGCUGAUGUACCAUCAGAAAAAGACCUUAACAAAGUCCUUCAGCUUUUGGAACCUCAAAUUUCCUUUUUAGAAGAUCUAACUAAAAUGGGAGGAGCAAUGCGGUCUGUUCUUACUCAGGUUUUGACAAACCAACAAAGCUACAAAGAUCUGACUUCUGGUCUUGGAGAAAAUGCUUAUGCAAGGAAAAGUCAUGAAAAAUACCUUAUAGCUUUGAAGAGCUCUGGACUUACAUAUCCUGAGGAUAAACUUGUAUAUGGUAUACAAGAACCAUCUGCUGGCACUAGCACUCUGGCAGUUCAAGGUUUUGCAGGUGCAACAGGAACAUUGGGACAACUAGAUUCUUCAGAUGAGGAGGAUCAGGAUGGGAGUCAAGGUCUGGGCAAGAGAAAGAGGGUCAAACUAAGCAGUAACACCAAAGAUCAAUCCAUAAUGGAUGUUUUGAAACAUAAAAGUUUCUUAGAAGAACUAUUGUUUUGGACUAUAAAGUAUGAAUUUCCUCAGAAGAUGGUGACUUUCUUACUCAACAUGCUUCCAGAUCAAGAGUAUAAGGUUGCUUUUACAAAAACUUUUGUUCAGCAUUAUGCUUUUAUUAUGAAAACACUGAAGAAAAGUCAUGAAUCCGACACAAUGUCUAACAGAAUUGUGCAUAUUAGUGUUCAGUUGUUCAGCAAUGAGGAGCUAGCCAGACAGGUAACAGAAGAAUGUCAGCUGCUGGAUAUUAUGGUCACUGUGCUGUUAUACAUGAUGGAAAGUUGCCUUAUUAAAAGUGAGCUACAAGAUGAAGAAAAUAGUUUACAUGUGGUAGUGAAUUGUGGAGAAGCAUUACUGAAGAAUAACACUUAUUGGCCUCUUGUCAGUGAUUUUAUUAAUAUCCUUUCUCAUCAAAGUGUGGCUAAGAGAUUUUUGGAGGACCAUGGUUUGUUAGUGACAUGGAUGAACUUUGUAUCUUUCUUUCAAGGUAUGAACUUAAAUAAGCGAGAACUAAAUGAGCAUGUGGAAUUUGAAUCUCAGACCUACUAUGCUGCCUUUGCUGCUGAACUUGAGGCCUGUGCACAGCCAAUGUGGGGACUCUUAUCACAUUGUAAAAUUAGGGAAACUCAAGAAUAUACCCGAAAUGUUGUGAGAUACUGCCUUGAAGCUCUUCAAGACUGGUUUGAUGCUAUUAACUUCGUAGAUGAGCCAGCACCUAACCAAGUCACUUUUCAUCUGCCACUACAUCGUUAUUAUGCUAUGUUUUUGAGUAAGGCUGUGAAAUGUCAAGAACUAGAUUUGGAUUCUGUUUUACCAGAUCAGGAAAUGUUAAUGAAACUAAUGAUUCAUCCACUCCAAAUUCAGGCAAGUCUUGCCGAAAUCCAUAGCAAUAUGUGGGUAAGAAAUGGUCUGCAAAUCAAAGGACAGGCCAUGACCUAUGUCCAGUCUCAUUUCUGUAAUUCCAUGAUUGAUCCUGACAUUUACCUAUUACAGGUUUGUGCAUCUAGACUUGAUCCAGAUUAUUUUAUUUCAUCUGUCUUUGAAAGAUUUAAGGUAGUGGAUUUGUUGACAAUGGCUUCACAACAUCAAAACACAGUACUUGAUGCAGAGCAUGAGAGAUCCAUGUUAGAAGGCGCUCUUACAUUUCUUGUGAUUCUUUUGAGUCUUCGUUUACAUUUAGGAAUGUCUGAUGAUGAGAUUCUCAGAGCAGAGAUGGUAGCCCAGCUGUGUAUGAAUGACAGAACACAUAGUUCAUUGCUGGACCUCAUUCCAGAAAAUCCAAAUCCCAAAAGUGGCAUUAUUCCAGGAAGUUAUAGCUUUGAAUCAGUUUUAUCAGCUGUAGCUGAUUUUAAGGCUCCUGUUUUUGAACCUGGAGGUUCUAUGCAACAAGGCAUGUAUACUCCUAAAGCUGAAGUCUGGGAUCACGAGUUUGACCCCGUCAUGGUCAUUCUUCGAACAGUUUACCGUAGAGACGUGCAGUCUGCAAUGGACAGAUACACAGCAUUUUUAAAACAGAGUGGAAAAUUCCCUGGAAAUCCCUGGCCUCCCUAUAAGAAAAGGACACCACUCCAUCCCAGCUAUAAAGGUCUCAUGAGACUUUUGCACUGUAAAACUUUACACAUUGUGCUAUUCACUCUGCUUUACAAGAUUUUGAUGGAUCAUCAAAAUCUGUCAGAACAUGUACUCUGCAUGGUUUUAUAUCUGAUUGAAUUAGGACUUGAAAAUUCAGCUGAAGAGGAAUCAGAUGAAGAGGCAUCAGUAGGUGGACCAGAACGUUGUCAUGACAGUUGGUUUCCUGGUAGUAACUUAGUAUUGAACAUGCGACACUUUAUAAAUUAUGUUAGAGUGAGAGUUCCAGAGACUGCUCCGGAAGUGAAGAGAGACUCACCUGCAAGUACCAGCUCUGAUAGCUUGGGUUCUUUACAAAGUUCACGUCGGCCUAAAGUUCUUCAAAGAGAGAAUUCUGGUACAGCUCAAGUUUUCAGCUUAGUAGCAGAGCGUAGAAAGAAGUUUCAGGAGAUCAUCAAUCGCAGUAGCAGUGAAGCAAAUCAGGUGGUUCGUCCUAAAACUUCAAAUAAAUGGUCUGCACCUGGUUCAGCUCCACAGUUAACUACAGCCAUUUUGGAAAUUAAAGAAAGCAUAUUGUCUUUGUUAAUUAAACUUCACCACAAACUCUCAGGAAAACAAAACUCCUACUAUCCUCCCUGGCUUGAUGACAUAGAAAUUUUAAUCCAACCGGAAAUACCUAAAUAUAGUCAUGGAGAUGGUAUAACUGCAGUAGAAAGAAUUUUACUAAAAGCUGCAUUGCAAAGCAGAAUGAACAAACGCAUCAUUGAAGAGAUAUGUAGAAAAGUGACCCCUCCUGUACCACCCAAAAAGAUCACUGCUGCAGAGAAGAAAACACUGGACAAAGAAGAAAGGCGACAAAAGGCCAGAGAGAGGCAGCAGAAAUUGCUUGCAGAAUUUGCUUCACGACAGAAAAGCUUCAUGGAAACUGCAAUGGAUGUUGAUUCUCCAGAGAGUGAUAUUCCUAUGGAGAUCACCACAGCAGAACCACAAGUUUCUGAGGCAGUAUAUGAUUGUGUUAUUUGUGGACAGAGUGGCCCCUCCUCUGAAGACAGACCUACAGGAUUGGUUGUACUGUUACAAGCAUCCUCAGUUUUGGGGCAGUGCCGUGACAACGUUGAGCCAAAAAAGUUGCCUAUCACUGAAGAGGAGCAGAUUUACCCUUGGGAUACAUGUGCAGCAGUUCAUGACGUGAGGCUCUCAUUAUUACAGCGUUAUUUUAAGGAUAGUUCUUGUCUCUUGGCAGUAUCAAUUGGCUGGGAAGGAGGUGUUUAUGUACAAACCUGUGGCCACACAUUACAUAUAGACUGUCAUAAAUCUUAUAUGGAAUCAUUACGGAAUGACCAGGUUCUUCAGGGCUUCUCAGUGGACAAAGGAGAAUUCACAUGUCCUCUCUGUAGGCAGUUUGCUAACAGUGUUCUUCCUUGUUAUCCUGGAAGCAAUGUCGAAAACAACCUUUGGCAACGUCCUAGUAACAAAAGCAUACAAGAUCUCAUAAAGGAAGUGGAGGAGCUGCAGGGACGUCCGGGAGCUUUCCCAGUAAGCAUCAGUUCAGAAACCAACUUAAGUAAAGAAAUGGAAUCUGUAAUGAAAGAUAUCAAAAAUACCACUCAGAAGAAAUAUAGAGACUAUAGCAAGACUCCAGGCUCACCAGAUAAUGAUUUUCUCUUUAUGUAUUCUGUUGCUAGAACCAAUUUGGAACUUGAAUUAAUUCAUCGAGGAGGGAAUUUAUGUUCAGGUGGUGCAAGCACAGCUGGUAAAAGGUCUUGUUUAAAUCAACUGUUCCAUGUAUUAGCCUUGCACAUGCGGCUUUACAGCAUUGAUUCUGAGUAUAAUCCUUGGAGAAAGCUCACACAGUUACUAGAAGAGAUGAAUUCACAGCUGGGAAAUGAGGAGCAACAGUCUGAGGUUCCAAUUCUUUAUCAUGACGUUACAUCCCUUUUGCUUAUCCAGAUCUUAAUGAUGCCACAACCCUUACGCAAAGACCAUUUCACCUGCAUUGUGAAGGUGCUUUUUACCCUAUUGUACACGCAAGGUCUUGUGGCACUUUCAGUUAAAUGCAGUGAGGAAGAUAGGUCAGCCUGGAAACACACGGGAGCUCUCAAAAAGAAUACAUGUGAUGCAGAGAAGUCUUAUGAAGUGUUAUUGAGCUUUGUGGUAAGGGAACUAUCUAAAGGAAAGUUAUACCAUGAAGAAGGAACGCAGGAGUGUGCAACGAUUAGCCCUGUUGCUUGGUCUCCUGAAUCCACGGAAAAAUACUUACAGGACUUCUGCUUACCUUUCCUCAGAAUCACCAGCCUUCUUCAGCACCACCUUUUUGGGGAAGAUUUACCUAGCUGCCAGGAAGAAGAAGAAUUUUCAGUUCUUUCCAGCUGCCUGGGACUUCUGCCAACAUUUUACCAAACAGAACAUCCAUUCAUCAGUGCCUCCUGUCUGGAUUGGCCAGUUCCAGCAUUUGAUAUUAUAUCUCAGUGGUGUUUUGAGAUAAAUUCAUUUACUGAAAGACAUGCCGAACAAGGAAAGGCCUUGCUUCUCCAAGAGUCAAGAUGGAAAUUGCCACACCUACUACAGUUGCCUGAAAAUUAUAACACCAUUUUCCAGUACUACCACAGAAAAACCUGUAGUGUCUGCACCAAGGUUCCUAAAGAUCCUGCCGUUUGCCUUGUUUGUGGUACUUUUGUAUGCCUGAAAGGACUUUGCUGCAAGCAACAAAGUUACUGUGAAUGUGUAUUGCAUUCUCAGAACUGUGGUGCUGGAACAGGGAUUUUCCUUUUGAUCAAUGCAUCAGUGAUUAUCAUCAUUCGAGGGCACCGCUUCUGUCUCUGGGGUUCUGUGUAUUUGGAUGCUCAUGGAGAGGAAGACCGAGAUCUUAGGCGAGGCAAGCCUCUCUACAUUUGUAAAGAAAGAUACAAAGUUCUUGAACAACAAUGGAUUUCUCAUACUUUUGAUCACAUCAAUAAAAGAUGGGGUCCACAUUACAAUGGGCUGUGACUCA